AUGGACAACUCCGUGGGGUCCAGCCAAGGAUGGCUGACCGGAGGUCCGGCGAGGCACCGGGAGCGGCACGUCGGCGGCGAGGGGCUUGCGGGUCACGCGAGGCAAGGCGGAGGCGUCGGGCUCUGGUGGUGCAGCAGCAGGGAUGGUGCCGACGUUGCAGGUGCUUGGCGCGGCAACCAGCGGCGUCGAGCGGAUCGGCACGGGCUGAGGUGGAGUUGGGGCGCUCGGGUCGCGGAGGUGGCUGGUGUCGCGGUGGCGCGGCUCCGGCUGGGGUGCGUUGGGCUGAGGCGAGCAGCGACGGUGCUGGCUCCGGCGACGUCGGGCAACGGAUCCGGAGUUGCAGGCGUUGGCUGGGCCGUGCUCAGCGCUGAUCGCGGGUUGCAGAGACGCGGAAGCGUCGGGCUCCGAGCAGAUGCGCGGGCUGGGCGACGCUUGGCGUCAGGCGGGGCAGCGACGGCGUCUGGCGGAGGCGCGGCGAUGCUCAGGGGGAGCGGCGAGACCGGUGGCAGGGCGUCGGUGACAGUGCUGGGCUGUUGGUCGCGGUGGGCUUCAGCCCCAAGCGUCGUCGGGGCGAGGUCAGGAGCGGCGGGCUUCGUCGGAGCUCCGGCGUCGGAUCUCCGCGAGUUGCAGCGCGCGGGUGAGGAGUGGAUUUGGGGAAGAUGA